AUGGAUGUCGUCAAAGCUUCCGCACGCCGUCGAGACGCCGCAGUCAAGAUGAAGCUCAACAUCUCCUACCCCAACAAUGGCACCCAGAAGCUGAUUGAGAUUGACGAUGAGCGCAAGCUCCGCGUCUUCAUGGACCGCCGCAUGGGUCACGAAGUCCCUGGCGACAGCGUCGGCGACGAGUUCAAGGGCUACAUCUUCAGGAUCACCGGUGGAAACGACAAGCAAGGUUUCCCGAUGAAGCAGGGUGUCAUGCACCCUACCCGUGUCCGACUCCUGCUCUCUGACGGCCACUCCUGCUACCGUCCCCGCCGCACUGGUGAGCGCAAGAGGAAGUCCGUUCGUGGCUGCAUUGUCGGCAUGGACCUUUCCGUCCUGGCUCUCAGCAUCGUCAAGAAGGGUGAUGAGGACAUUCCCGGCCUGACCGACAUUGUCCACCCCAAGCGCCUCGGUCCCAAGCGCGCGACCAAGAUCCGCCGCUUCUUCGGUCUCAGCAAGGAAGAUGAUGUUCGCAAGUUCGUCAUCCGUCGUGAGGUUCAGCCCAAGAAAGAGGGCGCCAAGCCCUACACCAAGGCCCCUAAGAUCCAGCGUCUGGUUACUCCUCAGCGUCUCCAGCACAAGCGUCACAGGCUCGCACUUAAGCGCCGCCGAGCGGAGGCUUCCAAGGACGCUGCCAAUGAAAGACUAACAACAUGGCAGAACGAGUACGCUCAGAUCCUGUCCAAGCGUAUCAACGACGCUAAGGCUGCUCACGACGAGGCCCGCAAGAGGAGGGCGUCUUCCAUGAAGCACUAG